GAUCUGUACUCUGCAGCUCCAGACUGAGGCUCAGGGUGCCUCCAGCGCUUCAGACGAGCCUUUACAACACACAAACACUCAAACACUCAGAGAGUUUUUCAGCUGUCAGGACUGCUGCACCUGCUCUGCUGCUUCAGCUCAGACUGUUCACGGAGGAGACACUAACGGGAGAAGAUACUUUUCCGUUUGGGGGAAAAAUGAAACUUGAAGUUUUCUCUGCGCACCACUUCGCGCAGAAGCCGCUGGAGUUGUGCAUGGACGCAGAAGGGGGAGUCCCGUCUCCUCUAUCCGGGGACGAGCUGGGGUCGGACGGGGACUGCGUGGCCAACAGCCCGGCACCUGUCACCCAGAGCGGCGACGGCAGCAAGGGGAAGCCCUACACCCGCAGACCCAAACCCCCUUACUCCUACAUCGCCCUAAUCGCCAUGGCCAUCCGGGAGUCCAGCAGCGGCCGCCUCACUCUGGCGGAGAUCAACGACUACCUGAUGAAGAAGUUCCCGUUUUUCCGCGGCAGCUACACCGGCUGGAGGAACUCGGUGCGCCACAACCUGUCACUCAACGACUGCUUCCUCAAAGUGCUGCGGGACCCAUCCAGGCCAUGGGGCAAGGACAACUACUGGAUGCUCAACCCGCAAAGCGAGUACACCUUCGCUGACGGGGUGUUCCGCCGCAGGAGGAAGCGCAUCGCCAAGAGGUCCUCCAAGGAGCAGGACAGCCCGGACAUCCUCAGCGAGGACACCCGCCUCCCCGCCCCGGAGGAGAGGGUGGGGACCAAGUUCUCCAGCUCCUUCGCCAUCGACAGCAUCCUCAGCACACCUUUCAAACGGAGGGAGGACAGCCACGUUGACGCAGAGACCCACGCCCCCCGGUUUUACUGGCCCCCAGGGACCCACAUACUGCCUUACGCUCUGAGCUAUCCGGCACAGCACACGUACCUGUCAGAGGGGCAGUACAGCAGCACAGAGCCCAGCAGGGAUGCACUCACAUACCUCCAGCAGACAGCACCACCUGAGGCCGCUCUCCACGCGCUCAAGAUGCCCAACAAGGCGCGUGGUUUCCAUAUAGACUCUUUGCUGUCAUAAAGCUCAGAAAGCUCCGGGACUCUGUCAGACCUGUGUGUCCUUUGACCCAUGAUGUGCACUCCUGUGGGCGCUCUUAAAGCUUUCAGUACUUUAGCUGUUUAACUGUUUGGGACUCAUGUUUGUCUCAUGGUGACACUGCAGCGAGAAAGAAACAAACAUGCCUGUUGUUAAUAUAUAUUUUAUAACUGUGUGGUGACUGAGAAGCUGUCAUCGCACCACUGUGUGUGUGUGUGUGAGUGUGUGUGAGUGUGAGAGAGUGUGUGUGUGUGUGUCUAGAGAGUGUUUGUAUUCAUGCAUUCACGGUUCAUUGGUCAUUUCUACUGUAUGACGGCAACCAAGUGCCACGUUGAAACAUAAAACUAUUCAUCUAUUUAUAUUUUCAUGUUUUUUUAUGACCUGCUGUAUAAAAUAUUGUUGUAAAUAUAUAUAAAAAAAAAUAUCUGACUGAGCUGCGAUGAGAAAUCACGUGGCUGCACUAAAAAAAAAAACUAAAAAAAAAAACGCAUGGAAAUGCCCGAUGUGUUUUUCCUGAGAUUGAUUCAUGCAUGCCUGGUAUUUUUAUGAAUAAAAGCAACAAAAAAAA